AUGGAUUAUCCCAAAAUGGAUUAUUUUCUGGAUGUCGAGUCUGCUCAUAGACUCUUGGAUGUUGAGUCGGCUCAAAGAUUCUUCUACAGCCAAGGAGCUCAAGCUCGCCGGGCGACCCUGCUCCUGCCUCCCACGUUAAUGGCGGCAUCUUCGGAGGACGAUAUCGACCGGCGGCCCAUCAGAAGAGUCCGCUCCAAGAGCGACACGCCGUACCUCGCGGAGGCCAGGAUCUCCUUCAACCUGGGGGCAGGUUCAGAAUAUGAUGUGAGGGGUCUUGGAAAGGACUGA